UGUGGCCGUGGCGCAGUGGCUAGAGCGCUUGCUUUAUAAGCAGGAGAUCCAGGUUCGAAACGAGCUCUGGACAUAUUUUCGCGUUACGGUUAGGAAAGAGACGUGAACUACUUGGUCAAAUGCACUUCGCGGUGAUUUAACAUCUUUUCGCUUUUAAACAUUUCGCUAUAACGACCCGCUAUAACAUUAUAGUCCUUUUCGUAAUAAAGAGUGGCAAUUAUGAAUCACGUGGUAUAAUGUUUUUUUCUCGGAGUUUUAAAAUUGUAAACAAAACAUUUUGAGAAAGUUCUUUAUUGUAUCAAUUAUCAAUCAAAUUAUCAAUCAAAUAGUUUGUUUGAAAAUACGUCGUGUUUUAACAUUCCACUUAAAAAUUACAAAGGUUUUUUAGCCAAGCAGCUAUUUAUUUUUAUAGCUGUGCAAGGGUUAAGCACAACUUGACGUAAAAUUGAGCCUGUUGGUAGAACAUUUUCUGCAUUAGAAUUAAAUAUAGAUUUUAUUGAGACAGCAGAGGAGCAGGAGAAAAUAAUUGAAAAGUUAUAUGCAAACAAACUCAAAGCUUUAGAUCUAAAUGAUCUAAACUCUAUACUUUUGGAAAACAAAAAAGACAAUAGCUGAGUGACCUAGUAUAACAAUGGGAAAUAUUUUUUUACAUAUUCUUAAAAAAAUAUAUUAAUCACAGAAUAUAUUAGCUAGUAAAAGGAACAAAGAGCAUUUUCAUUUUUUGAUAGUGGUUUUGUUGGCCCUAUUAUGCACUUAAGUUUUAAAAAAGAUACUUUGUUUGCCGAAGUAUUUGUAUUCCGAAGUUUGUGGUUUGCAAAAAUUCAAGAAAAAAAGUAAACUUUAGAUUGCCUUUAGUAAGAGCAACAUACUUUCUUUGCGCCAAUUUAUAAAAUGGAGUUUCUCUCAAAAAAAUAUCAAACCAUGUUUAAUACCUGACAUAUAUGUUAGAAAAAGAAUAACUAGUAAUGAAGCAAAUAAUGAUAUGAAUAAUAAGUAAAAAUCUCAAGUGACUUGAAUAAACAUUCAUUUACACUUUUUUAAACAACAUUUAUAUACCCAGGCCUUCUGCUGAAAUAUUCAAAUCAAAAGUUAAAACAUUUAAAGAAUAUUUAAAGUAAUCUUGAGGAAUUAUCUUUUAAAAUACUUUCUGACCAUCCUAAUGCAGAUAAGACGACUUUAGGCAUAAUAUUUUUAGCCAAAAUGGUAUUGACAGAUGAAACAAUUAAAAGUACAUAAUAUAACAUGAGAGAUCAAGCCAAAUACAAUACCUGGUUUCAAAUGAAAAAGUAUUUACACAGCAACCCUCGACGUUUGGUGAACCAUUUAAAAGGACUUCAUAUUUUGUGUGCAUUUACAAUGUGUAUCUUAUCAGUUAUUCACACACUUUCACACUUGGUGAACAGCUUGCGGUUUCAUUUAAACUUCACAGAAGCUAUAGAAGCUAUAAAUGUUGCUAGUUCAAAAAAAGAAACAACACUUUGGCUUGUUUUAUCAAAAGUUCCUGGUUGGACAGGGGUUGUCAUGCUUGUUCUUCUAGCUAUCAUUGUUUUGACUUCUUUUCAAGCUGUAAGAAGACAAAAUUAUGAAGUUUUUUGGUACACACACCAUUUGACAAUUGUUUUUUUAAUACUGGCUUGUUUCCAUGGGUUUGGAAAGAUAACAAAGUUCCAAACGAAUUUGGACAAAAAUCCACGUGAGUGUCACAGUUUGGUACGGAAAAUGUGGAAGGAAAACAGUACCAUUUGUUUAGAAGCCCCUUCAUUUGAAUCCAAUGUGCCACAGACUUGGAAAUGGAUUGUUGGUCCUUUAUGUUUGUAUAUCAUUGAUCGAAUCAUUCGGCUUUUUCGUGCUGUAAAAGAUUGCCAAGUUGCAAAUGUUAUACUUCAUGAAGACAAGAUGAUUGAACUGCACAUGCUUAAGAAAGGUUUUAAAUCUAAACCGGGUCAAUACAUACUGUUACAGUGUCCAGAUAUUUCUGAUUUGGAAUGGCAUGCUUUUACAUUAACUAAGUGUCCAACUAAUGAUGGUGGUGAUGAAACAUUUUCUGUAAAUAUGAAGGUAGCUGGGGAUUGGACAAAGAAACUAAAAGCAAAAUUUUUUAAAUGUAUUAAUACAAAAGGCAUCUUUAUGCAAAGAGUUGGUGAUAACUGUAUUAUUAAUAUUGACAAAAGCAUUGUUUAUGAUAAUGAAAAUGAAGAAAACGAUGAAAACGUUUUGCCUAUAAUACGUGUAGAUGGACCUUAUGGAAGUCCAAAUGAGGAUUGCUUCAGGUAUCCAGUUAAUAUUAGUGUAGCUGCUGGAAUUGGAAUAACUCCAUUUGCUGCUGUAUUGAAUAAACUCAGGAGUUUGGAUCCGAAGUUAGUUGAUAAGAACUUCAAAAUGAAGCGUAUGCAUUUGGUUUGGGCAUGUCGGGAUAUUCAAGAGUUUACUUGGUUUUUGCAGCUUAUGUUUGACACAGUUAAACAUUUAAAUUCAAUUAAUAUGGGGGAUUUACUGGUAUGUCACCUUUUUGUAACCCGUGGUGCUAAUUUAACUACAGAAGAUCCCUCGAUGGCUGAUUAUAAAAUACAGUGGCUUCAAAAAAGAUUGAGAUAUGGUCGACCUGAUUUUGAAGAUAUUUUGAAAAAAAUUUCACUAAAUCAUUAUAAGACAAGAGUUGGUGUUUUUUUUUGUGGUCCAGGACCUUUGGGCAAGGUUCUAUAUGAUGCAUGUAAAAGUGUUAAUUUUCGAGGCAAUUCGUUUAUCUUUCACAAAGAGAGUUUUGCUUAAAAAUAAUUUCUUGUAUACUGUUUAAUAUAAAACGUUUUGUAAAAUUGAUACACUUUAAAGUUUAGUAACGGUUGCAGUACGAACCAUGUUUUUAUACUUUUUUUUUUAUUUGUGUAAAUUUUAAUUGUUACAAAGACAUUUAUUUUGGACAAUGUGUAUAGAUUUUAACAGACGUUUUUUGUGAAAACUUUUCAUGUACAUUUCACGCUGUUAAUGACUAAUUUUUGUA